AUGUUAUCAUUAAAGAAAAAGGCGGCGGAGGGAGAAUACGCCGAUGUGACAUCCACAGUGCCUAAAGCAAAUGGGUACGGCUUCAACGCGUUUUUAAAAAGUGUCAACAGAACGGCGAUGCUGUCUAACGAGGACACACAAAGAGAUUUUGAAGAACGUAGCAAACGCCAGAUAAAACAACUUCACAACAGAAUCAAAUAUUUGACGGGGAAAAAGCCGGCAAAGAAGACUGACGAAUUCAAAAAGAGUCAAAUAAAUAGUUCGACGAAAGUAAAGGAAGAAGAAGAAAUAAAAGAAAUGAAAGAUUAUAAAGAUAAUAAAGUCACUGCAAGUGAUGUUAAAGAAAACACAGAAAAGUCUUCUAAUGAGAUUUCAAUGGAGAAAAUUGAGUUUCAAAAAGAAGGAAAUGAAAGUAUAGAAACUCAAACUGAAGUCUCACAAAAUAAGUAA